CUACUCUUCAUCGCCACUUGUACCAGAGCAUUCUUGCAUUCCGAAACUGCUUACGAGUCGUCCUAGAUUCAAGUCGUGAACCAUAUGUAUAGAACGUCUGGACUCCUUUAACGGGAAUUGAUGGGUGUGGGGGUGUUGUUGGUGACUGCCCUGGUGCUACUCCUGGUAUUGGCAGGUUGUAGAAGUAUUGGGCUCUGGACAUGGACAGCAGCUUGGAUAUUCUCCAACCGUGAAGAAAAAGUGUCACUUACAAGACUGAAAGGGCACUACAAUGCAAAUGGAUAUUUGAUAACAUCAGAUUCUGAUAUACAGUUGGACUCGACAGGAAGCUUCCAGCACUUUGACUCUGUAGACAGAGACUGGACCCCACAAGCAGAGCCUGCGGUCAGCACAGUGGUGGCUCCUGACAUCCCCCCACAACCCCUCCGCCCCGCCCCUAGUCCCUUACCACCACCUCCACCCUCGCCCAAGAAGUGUGAGUCACCUCCAUCACCUGAACCACUGCAUCCUCUCUCCACCAACCCAUUUGUAAGUGAACCAGUGGAAGUGCCGGAACCUGUAGAGCGCAGUGUGCCCCAGCUGCAACGUGCUGUAUCCUGCGAUUCAGUAUGUUCAGACACGUCUGUUGUUGCAGCAGACCUCCAGGAGCCCAACGUCACUGGCUACCUCUGUGUGGGUCUUGAAUAUGACAGUGAAUCAGCUGAUUUAAUGGUGAAUGUUCUUGAAGCUAAGGAUUUAUGUAGCAGUGAUGUGAACCACCCAGCACACAUGCCUCUUGAUACUUAUGUCAGGGUUUACCUUCUGCCUGAUAAGUCAACAAACAUGCAAACAAGAGUGUACAGGAAAUCAAACAGCCCAAGCUAUAAAGAAAGGUUUUUAUUCGCACUAGAACCAACAGAAUAUCAGAGGCGAUCUCUAUCAUUCUAUGUGUACGCCACAGAUCGGACGUCUAGUUCUCUGCUGGGAGAGGCGGAGCUGAGGCUUUGCGAUGUCAAUGCUCGGCAGCCUGUCACCACCUGGCUCACUCUCACUGAUACUGGCCAGACAAACACAGAGCUCGGAGAGGUCAUGUUUUCCUUGAGUUACUUGCCAACAGCAGAGAGGCUCACUGUUGUAUUGGUAAAAGCAAGGAAUUUGAAGUUCCAAAGAGAAAGUGGUGAUCCAUUUGUGAAGGUGUACUUACUCCAACAUGGCAAAAAAGUUCAUAAGAAAAAGACAUCAACAAAGCGAGGAGAGAGAAGUCCAAUUUUUAAUGAAGCAAUGAUGUUUAGUGUCCCACCACACACACUACAGACGAUUCACCUACGAGUGACAGUCUCCGAGAGUGGACAUGCUGGCGGUCAUGCUGUCAACAUCGGACAUGUGAUCGUCGGUAGCCAGUCCACUGGCAAAGCUUUAACCCACUGGACCCAAAUGUUGACUUCUCUUCGUAAACCUAUUGCUAUGUGGCACCCUUUGAGAAGCAAAUAAGUUGUAUAUGUGAAUAUUCAUGAGUAUGUAGACAGCAGACAGACAACUUAAUGUUUUAUUUUUCUAAUUAUUUUUUUAAACAAAUAAAAUCUAUUUUAUGAGAAACUCGAUAAAAGAUUGGUAAGUAAACAUUUUUUCACUCUCAAUCUACUAAGAGGCCUUAACAGUAAAAAUGUCACUGCAGAUUAGUAGUACAUUAUUCCCUUGUGUAAAUAGUGGAUAUGAAAUGUAAAAACGUGUUUAAAAAAAUUGUAGUAACAAAAUGCAUUUCGACUAACAAUAGUUUGUGGACCAGGAAGUUUCAUAACUUUGAUGUAUUUUCAAAUGUCUAUUAUAUACUAUUGCGUACUGAUAUUACGUAGCAAAACUGUAAUACAAUUACAACUUCAAUAAAUCCAUGUUUUCAUUGUUUUUUAAAUGUAGUAUUACUAUUACAUACAACAAAAUAACACUGUACUGUAAUUUAUUUUAUCAAUAAACGAUGAGACUUGA